AUGGAUCCCCUCAAAGGUGCCUCAAAUAUCAUUCCGGAUUCAUUGGCUUCACCCCCUCUGGAGCUAGAGAUUGUCUCUGUUGAUGAUUCUGAAGCAUUUGCAGCCAAGCACCUCUCUGAUCUUGGAAUUCCUGUCGAUGAUUUCAAAAAACACAGCUGGAGAAUAACGAACUAUUGUAACCUAGCGAAGCGUGUCACGAGUGACACCUUUACUGCCGGUGGUCAUGAAUGGAACAUUCUCCUGUUUCCCCAGGGAGCUUCUAAUGGACAGGCCAACAGCAUGGUUUCAAUUUACUUAAAUUACUUUGAUCCCGACAAGCAACCCGAGGGAUGGCAUGUUUGCGCCCAGUUUGCAUUGUCAAUUUCCAACCCGCACGACGGAACUUGUUAUAUUCAGUCUCAGGCGCAACAUCGAUUUACACACGAUGCACAGAAUUUUGGGUUUUCUGAGUUUGUUGAACUGCAGGAGGUCUUAGGUCCGGCCGACUCACGCGUCAAGCCUAUCAUAGAAAAUGACGAGACUAUCAGCACGGCGUAUGUGCGCAUUCUGAAGGAUGAGACAGGUGUACUGUGGCACAACUUUGCCAACUAUGACUCAAAAAAAGCAACAGGUUAUGUUGGAUUGAAAAAUCCAGGAGCCACUUGCUACCUGAACUCUGUCUUGCAGUCCCUUUCCCUUACAAAUGACUUCCGUAAAGCUAUUUACCAAAUUCCAACUGAGCACAAUAGCCCCAACUCUGUACUCCUGGCUCUUCAACACGUCUUUUAUCAACUGCAAACAUCCAAUCAACCUGUUGAGACAACUAAAUUGACAAAAUCUCUUGGAUGGAAGGCUCGUAAUGCAUUUCUGCAGCAUGAUGUCCAGGAAUUUUUGCGAGUGUUGCUGGAUAAAUUGGAAUGCAGACUGGAAGGCUCUCCUGCCGAGGGCAUAAUUCAAAGUCUCUUUGCUGGAAAGUAUAAAACAUACAUCAAGUGUAUGAAUGGUCACUACAAGACUAGCCAAGAGGAAAUGUUCCUCGACAUCCAACUAGAUAUUAAAGACCUUCAGGGAAAGCCAUUCAAAACGCUCCAAGAAUCAUUACAAGCUUACAUCACGCCUGAGACAAUGGAUGGUGAAAACAAAUACGACGCUGGCGCUGACCAUGGUCUACAGGUUGCCCAAAAAGGGGUCAUCUUCUUGGAGUUUCCUGCCGUACUGCAUCUUCAUCUGAAGUGGUUCGAUUAUCAUCUUCCAACACAUAAGCAGGUCAAGAUCAAUAAUCAACAUGAGUUCCCAUUUGAACUUAAUCUUGCGCCUUAUUUGGAUGAAUCGGCCAACAAAUCACUCAACUGGAACUACCUGCUCCACAGUGUAUUCGUCCAUUCCGGAGAUGUCCACCGGGGGCAUUAUUUUGUCCUAGUCAAACCAGACCCCAAGUCUAAAUGGUAUAAAUUUGAUGAUGGGCAGGUGACCCCUGUCACGGAUCAAGAAGUUUUUGAGGAGAACUUUGGAGGCAAGCUUAUUACCAAUGGUCCUCUCGUUAGCGCAGGAGGUGAAGGUGACACAAAAAAUGCCUACGUGCUAGCGUAUGUCAGAGAAUCGGCGGUGGCAGACCCGCUUGCCCCCAUUACCCAGGCUGACACUCCUAACCACCUUAUGCAUGAUCCAAAGAAACGGGGAGAGCAGGCAGCUAAGAAAAAACGGGAGAAGGAAGAAAUACACCCUGAAAUCACCGUUAAAAUUAUUACAGAUGAAACUUUCCGAUUACAUGAUGGUUUGGAUCUGGCGCUGUUUGAUGAUGAUAGGAAGAUGCUCCCUUCCAGACUUCCAAUGUUUAGUGUGGCAAGAGAGCAACCUUUUCAGGAAUUCAAAUCCAACCUUGCUCACAAUCUGGGUUACCAACCCAACAAAAUCCGUCUCUGGGUGCUGAUCAACCGCAAAAACGAGACUGUCCGGCCAGAAGCUGUUGUACCUGAGGAUGAUCCCAAACUCACAAUGGAGACCGUUUGUGUCAAUAUGGCUUUAAAAGCUCCAGACCUCAAGCUUUAUCUCGAAGUUCUUGAUCCGGCACCCCAGGCACCGCCUGUUGAAUCCAAGGAAAGGCUGAUGAUUUUUCUCAAGUAUUUUGAUGUUAUGGCUCAGUCAUCAGCUGGAGUUGGUCACUUUUAUGUCCAUCCUGAUCAAAAAGUAGGAGAUAUAAUCCCUCUUGUGAACAAACGCAUGAACUUCGCCGAAAAUCAGCCCUUAAAGCUUUAUGAGGAAAUUAAGCAUGGAUUGAUUGUUCCAAUGCAACACAAAGAAACCUUUGAAAAACGUAAAACAAGGAAUGGAGAUAUUACUUGCUUUCAGAUCAAACUUCCUGACUCAAUACUUGCCUCAAUGCACACCAAACGGUUCUAUCUCAAUCCUUUGGGAUUCUAUGACCAUUUCACUAAGUGGGUUUCAGGUCAAUUUGAACCCCGUGAUGGCAAUGUGGCCACAACAUCAGAAAUCUCAAAAGAUGAGCACGCUGCUGGAACCUCGGUGUUAAAAGAGAAUCUCAACAAGUCCAAUAAAUUUCAUGGUCCAAAACGCCAUCAACCUCCCCCAAAGUACUCUAGUCUGGCGGAGAAGAGAUUGGCAAAGCGGAAGAGGGGAUCGGCACGGGAUUCCGAAAAGGACUACCAUCAUAUCCUUGUUUCUCUUCCAACCAAGGAAAACCCGGGACGACGACCUUUUAUGCGGCUUCCAAUACCUGGACCAAAGACUGCCCAAAAGGUCCAAACUCCUGGUAACAUUCCUCACUUCCUUCUAGAAACUCAUUCAUUUGAGAAUCCACAAACAGAAGUUUUCUACCAGCUCUUCCAAAUUAUCCAGACGUUUUUCAAGAUGGCUCUCAAUCGGAACCCACUUACCAAAGACCCAAACAUGCUAGGUGGUUCAAUGCGUGGGAUUGGGUUUCAGCAAGGGUGUGAUGAGGGCAAAUUGGGUGGUGAGCUCUUUCUCUUUUUUCUUUCCUUGGACUCUUGGUUGCACCAGUAA